UAAAAAAAAAAAAAAAAGGGGCGUGGAGGAGUCGCGAAGACUGUUGCGAGGAAUCUACCAAAACAUUUUCGACCCAAACGAUUCCAGUGUGGUUUUUCUGUAGCUUGGAGGACUACAAACUAUCGCUUAUUCAACAGGAAGUAACCGGAGGUCACAACCACCAUCAGCAUCACCGUCAUCAUGUCCGGUUACACUCACCAGGCCCCCUACCCAGUGACGCAACACGGGGGCCAAUCGGUGGCCCCCUAUCCCGCAUUUCAGGGUGGCUAUGGGGAACCCGUUCAAGCCCCUGCUCCAGGCUUCAACAUGAACUACAACCAAGGUCCACCUCCUGUCAUGUUUCAACCGGGACCAAUGGGGGCAGCCCCCCCUUACGGCGGGUCACCUGGGGCUGUUACCCCUGCACCGGCCCCGGCUGCCAUAGUCCCCGUUGGGGUACCGCCAGGGCUUGAAUACCUCACUCAGAUCGACCAGAUUCUGAUCCAUCAGAAAGUGGAACUCCUGGAAGCGUUCAUCGGCUUUGAGACCAACAACCAGUACGAGAUCAAGAACAGCCUGGGCCAGAAGAUCUACAAAGCCAAGGAGAAGAACGACUGCUGCACGCGCAACUGCUGCGGCUCGCUGCGCAGCUUUGACAUGAAGAUCAAAGACAACACCGACCGCGAGGUCAUCCGCCUCAUCAGGCCUUUCCGCUGUGUUUCCUGCUGGUGUCCGUGCUGCUUGCAAGAGAUGGAAGUGCAGGCGCCGCCGGGCACCACUGUGGGCUUCGUCAAGCAGGACUGGCACCCGUUCCUCCCGCGUUUCUCCAUCCAGGGGCCCAACAAAGAGACUCUGAUGAAGUUGGAGGGCCCCUGCUUCGCCUGCAACUGCUGUGGGGAUGUCAACUUUGAGCUGACGGGAAAAGAUGGUGGUCAGCCAAUCGGGCGCAUCAGCAAGCAAUGGAGCGGCCUCUUGAAGGAAGUCUUCACCGACACGGACAACUUUGGCAUCCAGUUCCCUCUGGAUCUGGAUGUGAAAAUGAAAGCCGUCCUCCUGGGCGCCUGCUUCCUCAUUGAUUUCAUGUUCUUCGAGAAAGUGGGCGAGGCCAACCAGCGCAGCUCCGUCUUCUCCUAAGACAGCAAAUUUCUGUCCGACCGCCACUUUUACCACUCCAAUAGCAAGAUCCACUUUUGCGUAUGUUGGGUCAAAUAUGACCACAUGACUGAAGUGGUCAACAUGUGUUGCACAAGCAGGGUUUUCCGAAAACACAAUAUGGACUAUACGUCAGUAAAUACCGAUUACCAGAGCAAAAAAAAAAAAAAAAAAGCACAUCAAAACCUACUUUCUUAAAAGGGCAUUUAAAAAAAAAAUCUGCUCUUGAUUUAGGAAAGCCCUGCUCUACGCGACAGAGGAAUGUACGAAAUUCCGUUCCAUUGCAUUGCAGAGUGGCGUUCACGCAAGACUGUAUGGAGCGGAACCGUCCAAAUGUGUGCAAAUUGAAAAUGGUGCGCUUGACAUGCAUUUGUUCCCACGGAAGCGGUGCCAGUCAUCCAGCAAAACUCAACCCCGCAGUUCUCUUUUGAAAAACGUGCCAGUCUCCGCCGCAAGUGCCUGAUUGUUGAACCACUCCGAGACCAGUCCCCAAAGGUUGGCACUAUCUCCGAUCCGACAUACGUAGUCCCUUUUCUUCCUACUUGUUUGACACCUUUGACAUUUUUAUUCAUUGUGAAGAUUGAAAAGGUAUUUGAAACACUGUCUACUAUAAGACCAUUAUCAUUUAUAUAUGUACAUUAAAGCUUAUGCACCGACAA